UGGCAUACGAUCUUGACAAUUUAUCAUACUAGCAAAAUUGUAGGAACAAAGAUCCUAAUAUCCUUUGAAGUCUCGACAUGUCGAUUGUGGAGAUGAGAGUGCACAUGGAUUGUCCUGGAUGUGAAAGAAAAAUAACUAAAGCCCUCUCAAAAUUAGAUGGUGUGGACAGCAUAGACGUAGAUAUGAACAUGCAAAAGGUGACUGUGACGGGGUGGGCGAGCCAGAAAAAGGUUCUGAAAACCGUACGAAAGACUGGCCGGACAGCAGAGCUAUGGCCGUUUCCAUACAACCCGGCCUACUACAGCCACUACUCAGGGGGGAGUCAGGCCAGCUAUGCCUAUUCCUCCGGCUACAGCACCCCAGCGACUUAUUUCACAGCUGAGUCCACAACCUCCACCUACAACUACCGUAAACAUGGCUACAAUGGCCACGACCACGGCUACUACCAGCAGCCACCUGGGUCGGAUAUCAUUGACAAUCGCACCACCGACAUUUUUAGCGACGAAAACGCCACUGGUUGCUCUGUAAUGUAAUAAAUGAAAGAUAAAGAAAGCAACACUUUUGAAUGCAGUUUCUGCAGAUACCAAAAUCAACACAUCAUGUGGAACCAAACUUUCUCCCCUUUGAUUAGUGGAUGAAAAAUAUAACCAUCAUCUAUAAAUUAAAAGAUAAUUAUCCUGAGAAUGAUGAUACAAAUUAUGUGGAAACUAAAAUUUUCCAUCAUGUUGUCAGCGUACAACGACUAAUUAACACCUAUACAUGGCGAAGAGUCUUGUUGUUUUAUGGUGUCAGCAACAUGCGCCACCACUCCGGCUCCAGCAUUAUGAAACCUUUCGU